CGAUUCGAACAGCAAAAUAAGGGACUGUGACCAGAGAUGUACAGCUGAAUGACAGUGUGCAAUGGGGAAAGGGACGGACAAGCUCUAUAUCACUCACUCCGAGUGGGCGUCUGAGGACGCCUAUUCUGCAAGCGCUGGUGCUGGUGUCGCAAAGCCAAACGUUCCUGGCGCAAACUUUAGGCGCCUUCCAUUUAACUACUGCGCUGUAUCUCUCCAGCCUUUCGAACACCCCGUAUGCACCGCCGAGGGCCAUAUUUUCGAUCUCACAAACAUCCUACCGUGGCUGAAAAAGCAUGGCACAAACCCUGUGACCGGCAAGCCACUGAAGAGCUCGGAGCUGAUUAAGCUCAACUUUGCCAAGAACGAUGACGGAGAAAUGGUGGAUCCAGUCACAUUCAAGGUCUUCACUGACAAUACGCACAUUGUUGCGUUGAAGAAUACGGGCAAUGUGUUCGCAUGGGACACGGUAGAGAGGCUAAAUAUCAAAGGGAAGAUGUGGCGCGAUCUAGUCUCGGAUGAGCCUUUUGUCCGGGCGGAUAUCAUUACGUUGCAAGAUCCGCAGAAUGUCACUGCGAGAGACCUUAGUUCCUUCCAAUAUCUCAAGGAUGGCAUGAACACCCUGAGUGCGGACCAAGAAAAAGAAAGGAAUGAUCCAAAUCAAAAUCUCAACUUGGAUGCUAUGGGAAAUAUGGGCAAAAUUCUCAAGGCGAAGGAAGCUGUUGCCCGAGCCCGAGCCAGCCGUGGGGAUGAUCCAAAUCGGACGCCUGCUAUCCAAGCCGGUAGCUCGGGUGCGAUUUCGAAGAAUGGCGAAGUUGUGGCUCGCACCGCAAAUCGACGAGUUCAGUCAACCCCGUACAAUGCAGCUCAGCACACGACCGGAAAGGCAGCCGCGUCGUUCACUAGCACAGGGUUGACACCGCAUACGUCCGGCGAGAGAGCACUGCUUUCGGAAGAGGAGUAUAUGCUGAAGCCGAAGCGCGUCAAGACGAAGGGCUAUGCGAGAAUACAGACAAGCAUGGGCGAUCUUAACGUGGAACUACUCCCUGAGUUCGCGCCCAAGGCAGUGUGGAAUUUCAUCCAGUUGGCAAAGAAGGGAUAUUACAAGGAUGUGCUAUUUCAUCGUAACAUUAGGAAUUUCAUGGUACGAUUCAAAAGACCUCACACUAAGCCAUUCAACUAACAAGGAUGCAGAUCCAAGGCGGUGAUCCCACAGGUACUGGACGAGGCGGAUCAAGCAUUUGGGGAAAGAACUUUGCAGAUGAGUUUGAUGGGCCUAUGACCCAUGAUUCGCGAGGAAUCUUGUCAAUGGCAAAUAAGGG